AUGCAGACGCUUCAUUCCAUGAAAGGCCAUCAUGACAACUCGUUCGCAUCGGCCCGGAGCCCUGAUGGCCGGACGUUUGCUACCGGGAACCAAGACAAGACAUGCCGAGUCUGGGACGUGAGGAACCUGUCGAAAGCCGUCCAUGUACUGAAGGGCAACCUCGGGGCCAUUAGGUCGAUCCACUUCACUUCUGACGGGCAGUUCCUGGCGAUGGCGGAACAUGCGGACUUCGUCCAGAUCUUCGACGCCCGGAGCGAUUACACCAAAAGGCAAGAGCUGGAUUUCUUUGGCGAGAUAUCUGGGUUCUCCUUCAGCCCGGAUAUGGACGCUCUUUUCGUCGGCAUGUGGGAUAGAACAUAUGGCAGCCUCCUCCAAUAUGGUCGGUUACAUAAUGACAACUAGUGCAUGUACACUGCAUAUGGAGCUGUUCCCCCGCAUGUA